GGAGCCGCACUGCAGCCCGCGUCGCGGCCCUUCCUUGCCGUCAGCCGAGGCCGCGCCGCCAGCGCAGACAUGGCCAAGUGGGGCCAGGGGGAUCCGCGCUGGAUCGUGGAAGAGCGGGAGGACGGGACCAACGUGAACAACUGGCACGGGACAGAGCGGGAUGCUACCCGCUGGUCCAAGGGGAAGCUCCGUGACCUCCUGGUGGGCAUCGUCGUGGAGAACGAGGCUGGCCGCGUUGAGAUCAGUGAGCUGAAGCAGGUGGAAGGUGAGGCUUCUUGCAGCAGCCACAAAGGAAAGCUGAUUUUCUUCUAUGAGUGGAACAUCAGGCUGAGCUGGAAAGGUGUAAUUAAAGAAUCUGGCGCAAAGCACAAGGGAUUGAUUGAAAUACUCAACCUUUCUGAAGAAAAUGAAGUAGAUGACACUGAGGUGAAUGUGAGUAAAAAGGUGGAUAUACUGAAGGAUCUUACGAAAACUGCAGGCACCGCCAAGGUCAGGGAGGCCCUUGGAGAUUACCUGAAGGCACUUAAGACGGAAUUUACAGUGGGAAUGAUUUUACCAACGAAAGCCAUGGCAACCCAGGAACCGACAGUUGAAAGGAAACUGAGUGAGAACACCUUGCAGGAAGCUUCAUCUCCAAUGGGGUUGGGGGUAAGGAUCCCCACCAUGGCACUGCACAUGACGGAACUCUUCGACGCCACUACAGAGCAACUGUACAGCGUCUUCACUGUGAAAGAUUUGGUGCAAAAAUUUUCUAAAUCUCCUGCUGUAUUAGAAGCUGAAAAGGGAGGGAAAUUCCUAAUGUUUGAUGGGAACAUCACCGGUGAAUAUAUAGAAUUGGUAAUUGACAAAAAGAUCAUGAAAUGGAGAUGUAGGAACUGGCCAGAAGAACACUAUGCAACAGUUGCACUGAGUUUUGUGCCUACUCCAGGGCAAACUGAAUUGCAGUUAGACUAUACAGGCGUUCCUGUCUGUAAAGAAGAGAGCAUGAAAUUCUGUUGGCAGAAGCAGCAUUUUGAAGAAAUAAAAGGUUUACUACAGCUGACCCAACCCUAAAUGGUUGAAUUAGAAGAUUUUUAUGGGGUAUUACUUUUUGUAAGCAGGAAAAGUGUCAAGUUUACCUCUUCCCCAUUACUCCUUUUAAAAAAGAAAACACUCUUAAUUUAUACUGGGUGAAAUCCAUGAGCUUAUACAGAAUUCAAAGCACUGUUUGAAUCUUUACUACUAGACUCUCAUUGGGUUAAAAGUAGCAAGCAACCUGGAAAGUCAGUAUUAACCUUACCUCCCAUAGCUGCUCCUCUGGGAAGAGACUGAGCCUCUGAGGACAGGUGGUUGCUGUUUCCCACUAAAGCUUGUCCUAGCAAGCUACUUUAGCUGUACUUUUAGUUCAGGCAGACAAAAAAAUAAAUGGCACGUUGAUACUAUUCCUUUAUCUUACUUCAGGGUUUCUAAGGUCUGUAGCUCUUAGGUAGCAAAGCAGCAGCAUGUCGCGUUCAGAAGCAUGUGAUGUGAGGUGCGUUGGGCCACGUCACGCGGCUGCUCCCCGCAGCAGAUGUGCACUCCGGGCGGAGGCCUGAAAGGCUCUGGGGUAAGUGACUUUUCGGGCCGCCACUACCAUGAUGGAAGAGAAUAUAAUGGAGAAGUGCUUCCCUCCCAUUCACAGUUUUCUCAUUACUUUCAUCUGAGAAGACUAAUGUAAACAAAUGAAAAGUCAUCACAAUCCGUUUAAUUAAGUGCACAGAAUAGCAAUCAGUCAUGUCAAUAAAAAUAAAACAAUUAUUUUUA